GCUUGCUUCAUGUUCUCCUGGAAAACAGUUCUCGCCGCUGCUCUGCUGCCUCACAGUUCCUGAGCCGAUUUUCAUCUCCACAACUGCAGGAUGUUCCUUCACGAGGAUUGAUCCCCAUCCACCCCCUUUCACUUUCCCCUUCCCUUCCCUUGUCCUGAUCUCCUACCCUCUGACCCUCACCCUCUUGUUCUCUACCCCCACCCACCUUCUCUUAUUCACCCUGACCCCGAGCCUCUUUUCCACCUCAUUCAUUUCACCCCCUUGACCAUGUUGCCAUGUGUCUGCUGGCUCCAACCUAUCCUCAUCUUGCUGUCCUCUGUCUUAUGGACCCGGGGGGAAAACUGCCCAGCAACCUGCCUGUGCCCAGAUCCUCACACUGUGGACUGCAGCGGCCGUGGGCUGACCCGUCUACCCGAUGAGAUCCCCUUGGAUGUGCGCAGGCUUUUGCUGGCUGACAACUGGAUACCCCGCAUCCCCUCAGACUUCCUGGUUCUGUACAGUGACUUGGUCUACCUGGACCUCCGGAACAACUCCCUUUCCCACAUAGAGCCGGGGACACUCAGCACCUCCUCCAGGCUGGUGUUCCUGGACCUGGGCAGCAACAAUCUGACUGAAAUCCCUAAGGGGACGUUUGGGGAGUCCCGUAGCCUGAUCAAACUACGACUGGGCAACAACCCAUAUCUGAGCAUGGUGAGUGAGGAUGCUUUCCUGGGCCUCACCUCUCUGAGAGAACUGGAACUGGAGCGUAAUGCACUGUCUUCCCUAAAGGUGGGGGCACUGAGUCAGUUGCCCUCCCUGCGGGUGGUGAGGCUAGAGGGCAACCCCUGGGUAUGCAAUUGCAACUUUGCCAACCUGUUCACAUGGCUGAUGGAGAACAGUCACAAGCUUCCAAAUGGAGUGGAAGGCAUGGAGUGCUCCCUCCCCAUGGACGGCAGACGUGUAUCCCUGACCCAGCUCUCAAAGGACAGCUUCCGUGAGUGCCAGGCCACUCUGACUCUAACGGACCUGCUCAUCAUCAUUUUCUCUGGCAUCUCAGUGUCUGUGGUGGCCAUCAUGACAAGCUUCUUCCUGGCUUCAACUGUUCAUUGCUUCCAGCGCUGGAGUAAAGGCACCAAAGGGGAUGAGGAGGAGAGUGAAGAGUGAUCAGAACUUUACUUUUUAUGGGCCCGCAUUGAAUGGGUGCUUCAAACAAAUGAAGGGACACCGCAGACUGUGUGUGCUACAUGUGACAAGUUUCAUGCUGCUCAUGGUGAAUUUGCAGGACUGUUUAAUGGUAGGAUGUUGCCCUGGUGCGGUUGCAGAUGUUGUCUUUGCACAUGGACAAUAUGGUAACAAAGGACGUUCCCAAGGAAUGAGCCAAAGUCCCAAUACAAAUUAGUGAGUGUCCAUUUCCACUCGCAAAAUGAUAUAGAGUUCAUAUUUUUGGGUGCGAGAGCAUGUGGUCAUAUUUUAUGGCUACUGGUUCUUGGCUCAGUGUUAUAAACCUACACAAAUCCAGUAUGCUAUUAUGAACGAGAAAUAGAUUUAAAGAAAAGAAGUGUUGCUGCAGUGCUCGCACUGCUGUCGCAUUAGUCUUAGACAAGCCAAUAAUUUAAAUAACGUCCAAUCACACGGACGUCCAGCUGUGGAGUCUGAAUCCUGUAAAGUGACAUCAAAGUUA